CUUCAUGACAAACAUGGAGAUGUGUUCAUGGUACAUUUGGGACCGAGACCUGUGGUCAUGCUGUAUGGGACACAGACCAUAAGGGAGGCCCUGGUGGACCACGCUGAGGCUUUCUCUGACAGAGGAACAUUUGCUGUGCUUCAGCAAAUUAUGCAGGAAUAUGCUCCUCCCAACUUGCUGGAAAAAUACGACACUACAGAAAACUGGAAGACUUUUCGACGAUUCUUUCUGGCCACCAUGAGAGACAUCGGGAUGGGAAAGCAGAGCGUGGAGGAGCGGAUAAAGGAGGAGGCCCUAUGUUUAGUGGAGGAACUGAAGAAAUGCCAGGGAGCCCCUCUGGACCCCUCGUUCCAUUUCCAGUGCAUCACAGCCAACAUCAUCUGCUCCAUUGUCUUUGGAGAGCGAUUUGACUACACAGACCGCCAGUUCCUGCACCUGCUAGACCUGUUAUAUCAGACUUUUUCGCUCAUAAGCUCAUUCUCCAGCCAGGUGUUUGAGCUCUUCUCUGGCUUCCUGAAGUACUUUCCUGGUGCCCACAGACAAAUCUCCAAAAACCUGAAGGAAAUCCUUGUCUACAUUGGCCAUAGUGUGGAGCAGCACAGGGCCACCUUGGACCCCAGCGCUCCACGAGACUUCAUCGAUUCCUACCUUCUGCGCAUAGAGAAGGAGAAGUUGAACCACUACACGCAGUUCCAACACCAGAACCUCAUGAUAACUGCGCUGUCUCUCUUCCUUGCCGGCACUGAAUCCACAAGCAUCACUCUCUGCUAUGGCUUCUUGCUCAUGCUCAAGUACCCUCAUGUUGCAGAGAAAGUCCAAAAGGAGAUAGAUCAGGUGAUUGGUUCAUAUCGGAUCCCAACCCUUGAUGACCGCUCCAAAAUGCCAUACACUGAUGCAGUCAUCCACGAGAUUCAGAGAUUUGCUGAUCUUUCCCCAAUGGGCUUGCCAUGCAGAGUCACCAAAGACACCAUGUUCCGAGGGUACCUGCUCCCCAAGAACACCGAGGUGUAUCCCAUCCUGAGUUCAGCUCUCCAUGACCCACAGUACUUUGAACAACCACACACCUUCAAUCCCGAGCACUUCCUGGAUGCCAAUGGGGCACUGAAGAAAAGUGAAGCUUUCAUGCCCUUCUCCACAGGUGAGACAGACCUGUGAUUCUUUUCCCAGACA